AUGGAGACUGACUUGGCCUUCUUUCUUGGAUACGUGGCGAUGACUAUCGUGGCUACUCGAUUCCGAUACGUCUUGUCACUGAGGAAACUACUGCACCUAACCUAUCGGUUAUUCUACAGCAGUCUGUUCUUCAAGACAGUGUGUCUUCUACUCCUAAACAUCGAUUUAUCGAGGUUUGCCCGGACCGGACUUGAAAUGACUAAGAUGCAAGACGCUGCUGAGGUAUUCUCGUGGCUGUCUACGGUUUUCUUUGUGUGUGUUCUGCUGCUUGUGUCAAAGGGGUUCUCUAUCACCAGAGCUCAGAUAAGCCUACCUGGAACAGUGAAGACAAUAGUGUUUGGUGCUAUCUACUUAACAUUCUACACUAUCGUCUUCUUUGACCAACGUGUGCUCCUUGACCCCCAAGACAUCAUUACCAGUACGACGUCACUAUCAGCGAGCGGUUUGAUUGGCCUAAAGUUUACUGGGGCCAUCAUUUUCGUAUACGGCUGUAUGGUAACGAUCAAGAACCACCCAAGAAAGGUGCCCUUCUAUUUACCAUUCGCUAUCUUCUUUAGUGUUUGGUUUGUAGCUGAGCCUACCUAUCGACUUUUAUACUUGUACGUCUACCCAGUUCUGAAAAGUCCAAAUAUCUGGAAUGGGAUCGACCUGUCUCUGUCUUUUGCUGGACAUGCCUAUUUCCUGUAUUUAACGCGACCGGACCGUCUUAAUAAACGGUUCCCUUUCCAUCUCCGUGCAGGCAAGGUUUCUUUCCGUGAUAUCGAUGAGAACGUAGAAGAUCUCUAUACUCCAUCGAAUGACUUCUAUUCAGUUUUCCAAACUGGAAAGAAACCGGAUAUCAGAACUGGAACGACACUGACUAUCCCUGAAGAACCCCAGCACUUCGAAACCCCUGUGGUGCCUUUCAACGCACCUUCGGAAGAGUGCCUGGCUGUUCUUCCUCGACCAUUCUCAUCGGAGAUACCAACCGUGUCUGCUACUGUCGACCUAUCAUACCGAACACCAUCACCGGUUAUACCAACGGUAUCUGGUACUGUCCAGACACAGACACCCGCAACGCCCUCGGUAUUUGUUCCCAUGCCUUCGGGAGUGACUAAGCAGUCAUUCAAGAUCACCCCUGCUGGGUCACCAAGCUGUAAGCUACGCAUGAAACAAAUUCCUGAAAAAGACCGGGCUGCAGUUGGGAUUUCUACGGUAGGUUGA